AAGUCACGGUGGCGAUCGCGAAAGUUUAGUGGACGCGUCUGCUCACAAAGAGAUUUAUAGUCCACCAAGUCCACACCAUCCAGACAUAUAAAUCCAGUGCUCAACAUGCAAUCUCUCAUCAACUCAUCCCAAUCCCAAAUUCACAACGUCCUUCACUACACCUGUCCCAAUGGCUUGUCCCUAUUCCCACUACCAAUCGUUCCCCUUCGCUCUUGAUCCUUAUGCUCUCCAGUAUAACAGAGAGCGACGUGAGCGCGCACUAGCUCUGUACCUACAGCAGCGGCUUGGGAAUCAGCCUACCCCGAAUGCUCUCCAUGCACAAGAGUACGAUGAGUCUCCCAACCAGACCCGCAUGAUGCGAGACGCACCACAUACCCGUAUGUUAGAGGAUGAGGAUUUCGACACCCAGUUCCCGUUCGACGGCGACAGGGCCCGCCAGCAGGCUGAAAUACAACAGGCCAACCGUGCCAUCCGCGAUCAGGCUGUUCGUGAGCACGAGGCCAGUACCCGAGAGUGGCACAAUUUUGUUGCUUUCCAGGCUCACCUCGAGGAGCAACGACUCUCUGCUUGCAGCCGUUUAGAUGCUGAGAACUUCCUCGCGGAAACAGUUGGUCCUGUCCCUGUCCAAGACGAACCCUCGCUCAAGGACAUGAUCUCUUCCCAUCUUAUGGAACAGCACCGUCUUAUGGCGGAGCACCGGUCUGAAGUGCGCGAUGCGCUCCAGGCGAUCCUUGCCCGUCUCUCUAAAGGCACUACAAUCAAAGCUCCUACCGAACUGAACACGAUCCCGAGGGACCCACAACUUCACAAGAGGGUAAAGGAAAAUCCAAGGAGAUUGCUGACUCCGACACCCAAGAAGAGCCUUCUGCCUCGCCAGCUCAGACCCUCCUUGCUGCCUUCCAGUUCCCUGCCGAGCUUGAUUUCUCUCCUGCUCUCGGCAGCUGCCGAUGUAUUUGCAUUGACCUACACGCCAGUCAACACGCCAGUUCGCGCUCAAGAGCAUGCACUUUCAUUGCUCUUCGCAGAUUUGGACAAAAUUCCCAGCUUUGGGUCAGAUGUAGUGAGGAACGCAAGGCGCGCGGUUGUGACUCGCGUGGAUCAAGCGCUUGCAGAGCUUGAUAAAGGUGUGGAGGAGCGAAGGGGCCGUGCUCGUGCCGAGGCAGACCCGGUUACCAUUCCUGUCGAACAGCUUGCUCACCUAAUUGGUGACGACCCCUCAGAGCCCGGGAACGUUGCCUCUGCGGGUGUUGCCCUCACCCAAGUCUCCGUUGCAGAUGAAGUUCCCAUUUAGACCUGCAGUCCAAAUCGCUACUUGAUACCAUUCAAUUUUUAUUUUGCCUCGAUGUUUUCUUUACAUUUCACUUAUGUUCCGCGUCUUAUACUUUGUACAUACUCCAUAUUCGUUCAUAGUUACUCGAUUACUGUACUCUAGUAUGUAUAAUGAGUCAAACCAAGUUGCCAAUGCACGUAUUUUGUAC